AUGCUGCAGAGACGCAAGGUAGAGAAACUCAUGUUGACUUUAAAAUAUCGACGUGCUGACCCAGAAUUGUUGGUGACAGUGGUUUUGGAUGCUGCGGCCAAAAAGUGUGAUAUACCUGCACAAGAUAGCAGCCUGGCAUUGCGUGCUUCGAGCUUGGUGAUAUUUGGUGCUGCUUUGGGAGCUUUCAUUCUGAGAUUAACAUCCAAGUACCUCUACAAGUCAGAAUGGGGCGCCGACGACACAUUCAUGUCACUUGCUGCGUUCCUUAUCCUCCCUCUUGUUGCUCUUCUACAAUUGAUGGUUUCGAAUGGCCUUGGUCGUGACCUGCGCACACUUAAAAAUGAGAAGCUAGUAUUUUGUUUUAAGGUAACCUAUUUUAUCGUGCUUGGCUUGGUCAAGGCUUCAAUCUUGGCUUUCUACCUUCGAAUCUUCCCAGACCACAAGUUCAGAAUCACAGUCUGGCUUACUCAAUUUGUCAAUCUUUCUUCAGCCGUUUUAUAUGUUAUUUUGUUGCUUCUUCAGAAGAAUCCAAUUUCGUUGAAUUGGACGGGAGGUACCAAUUCACAAUCAAAUGCUCAUGUGUUGAGUGACAAGCUCUUGUACUUGACUCAUGGUAUUCUCAGCAUGACAUUAGACAUUUGGAUGGUCGUACUGCCUCUUACACAGCUGUACCACUUGGGACUCAAGUUACGCAAGAAAAUUGGGGUGAUGUCUAUGUUUAGCUGUGGAAUCUUGGACGAGCGGAACCCGGUUCUACUAUCUGGCGAAGUACCAAAUAGCGAGAGACGCUGA